CUGAACUGCAAUAGUAUUUUUGAACGAACUCUACGUCGUCGUAUUCUGCUAGGCCAGAGUUCCUCAAUUCGAUACCUACUUGUGAGCAUGAUCUGGUCACGUGGCACCAUCAUUUUUUGCACCGUGGCUGCAUCGUUUGCAUUAUGCGGUUGCAUUGCUCUAUGUUACUGGAAAAUUAAUGCGCACAAGAAAAAAUCUAGUCAAUCUCGCUGUACGUUCUGGAGCCAUAAUGAACAGUCAAAUGUGGGUCGGCUAAAGGAGGACACAGUGGAUGGGCGGGAUGUGGAGAGCUCAACCAUCACCGAGCUUCGAACCCAUCCGGCCAUCACCGAACAACAAAGUAUCGGGAGGGCUACUGAGCCCAAUCACCACGCAUCUCGAGCCAAUUCCCCGGCCCCUGAUCCGGGCGUCGCAUAUACCGAUGUCGCCUUUCGAGUGCAAAUCGUCCCAUUACCGAUCUUGCCGCCCAUUCCAGCUUGGUCAACCAAUGAAAUUCGCGAAGACAUGAGCAAUUCAGAACACAUCGAAUUGCCCUGAGAAAGAUUGAAUCAUGACCGGAAUGAGAUGCACACCUACCAGACUUUGAAAGAAAUCUGAAAUCAAUUAGCAAUUUCAUUUGCU